AUGUGGGUAUUUGCGUGUACUCUAUUUUCUGAAAAUUGGAUGGAUUUUAUUAGGAUCGUACAUGGAUAGUUAUUUUAUCUUAUAAAUAAGAUUUAAAUAAGUAUGGAUUAUUCAAAGGAGACCUACAAUUACUUUAAGCUGGCUCAUAUCGUUAUUAGCCUUGUUGCGGAAGUAAUGAGAGACGUCUUUAAACAUGAAUGGGACAAGCGAUAUCCAACGGCUCCUUGGGAAGAUGACCCCAAAAGUUUAAAUGAGUUCGCGAACAUACAAUCAUCUCAUGGUCUAACUGAUAAAAUUGGAAGGCGGAAUUUUCGAGACCUGAUGAAGACAUCUGGUGACAGGAAAGAAUGGGAUGUCACCAUUCUUUGUUAUACGUUGCUAUAUUCAAAACCUAUUUCAUUAGAAAUAUCUUCUACUAUUGGGGGUGCAAUAGAUAAGUUACGCAACAUUAGAAAUAAUUGCAUGCACAUUAAAAGGACAAAAUUGAGUGAUGCCGACUUUCAGGACAAUUACUCUAAAAUCAAAAACGAAAUAUUAAAACUUUCACCUUUGUGUAAGAAGCAUUUGUCCAAACUGAAGAAAAUAAAACAUGACACGCUUCCAUCAGAUACUAUUGCAGAAUUGCGAGUAUCGAUAGCAAAAGAAAAGAAGAAACUAGAAUAUGAAAAGUUUCAAAGACGUGUUAUAACUGUUUGUAGUUUAGUGAUAAUCAUAAUUAUGACAUGCAUCAUAUACCUUCUUUGCACUAAUUUAAUACCAUCUGCUUUUCCCUCUUACUUUCCCGAACACCAUAUUCCUGGAUACUUUCAAGGCCGUACACACGAAAUAGAGGAAUCAACAGCGGCGUUAAUCUCAGGAACACGUGUAAUUGUUUUGUAUGGUCUUCCGGGAAUCGGAAAAAAAACUACAAGCCUGGUCAUUGGAAGAAACAUAAAAUCAUUGUGGAGGCCAUUUCCGUGGUUUUGCGUUUGUUAUGUACCUCUGUACAGUAUUCGUAAAGUAAGAGAAAUGGAAUUACAAGUCUUGAAGUCAUUUUAUGCUGAACGAGACAUUACUUAUGACAAUAUUGAAAACAGUUUCAUGGAGCUGAUGACAAAGAAAAUAAAACGAAAGACACUCAUCAUUUUAGAUGGAGGUACAAAUGACAAAGGGAAUGAUUUGAAAUAUGUGAUUGAUAAUAUGUUGGAUAAAAAUGAAAAUAUUUACAUUAUCUUAACCGCUUCACAACCAAUUCAUUUCAUUAAAUAUAGUGUUAAAUUAAUUCAUCUAAAACCGCUUUCAUCAGAUGAAUCAAUACAUCUUAUAGAUCGGAUCAAAACAGGUAUUCCAAACGAAAUAAAAGAAACACUUACUAGAUAUUCAGCAGGCUCGCCCAUUUUUCUGGAAAUGUUCACCCAUGUGAUAAAAACAAAGCAUAAUGCUGAUGAUGUAUCAGGAUUACUACUGAAAGCUUCGCCAGUAAAUGCAUGCGAAUCUCGUUUAGUUUUUCUAGAACUACUGAAUCCUGUCGAAGAAAUAUUUGUACGCUUUAUUUCUUUUUUUCCAUCAAAGGUUUCUUUAACAGCUCUGAAAUUGUGCAGUUUCGAUCUUGAACAAGUCCUGACUUCGCUUACAAUGAAAUCAGUCAUCAAACAAUCAGUAGGGUCUAAUGAAAGAUAUUUUACACUUCACGAAUCCUUUAAAUUAAUGUUUGUGUGUGAACGGGAUUUACAGCAUACUUCUCUUAUCACUGAUAUAAAGCUAAAUUUUUGUUUUAAUAAACACUUUAUUAACGAGGCCAACGCAAUUGCCCAAGACUUUUUAUCACCAGCGUCAAUGAAAAUUGAUAUGUUAAGACUAUUCGAAUUGGAAGAAAAUUUAAAGAUAAUGCUUGAAAAUGGACGUAGCAUUAAAGAUUUCUGGCAACAAGAAAAUAUUCCAGUUCGAACCGAACUCCUUGGGACAGAUUUCUACAAUUUCUUUGUAACCGGUGAGUUACCUAAUAAAUAUGAUGGAAUCCACGUUUACUCUUUGAAGGGAAUUUACUACAAAAUGCUUUACUAUGUAUCACCACUGUUAACAUAUGACGUGUUUAGCACAGUUUUUUCCAUGCAUGUAUAUUAUAAGUCAGCAAUGGUACUCAAAAUUGACAGGGACUUUGAUUUAAUGAUAAAAAUGAUUUAUUCUCUAUGUGAAAAGGGUGAUAUUUAUUUCUUCCAGCAUAUGAAUAAAAAUGACGCCUCGAUAACCAUUAUUGAAAAGAAUAUAAGGAUGAUAAACGACGAAGAGCGAUGCGAAAUAUUGAUUGAUGCAAAAGAUAAAGCAUUGUGUUUAUUUGUUUCUGGCAGAUCUCUAGCUUUGUAUCCACAAAUGAAAAUAAUUUCGGAAACUGUUAGGAGUUUGAAAGAUGUUAAAAAGGGCAUUGAGUUGAUUGAUCGGUCAAUUAAGUAUUUCACUGCCCUCAAAAUGGACUUGAAAGUUGCUGAAGCAUUCUCUACAAAAGGUCUUGUACAAUACGCAACAGGACAUACAUAUGUGACCGACAAAAUGCACUAUAUAAAUGCGCUUAACAUUCUACAAAAUCUUUACAAGAAAAACCCAAUUUUAGCUGCAAGUUACUUUAAUGUUGGAUUUUUGUAUUAUAAUAUGGGUGAAUGCAAUAUACUCCUAGCUAUCAAAUACUUCAACAUGUCCUUCAAUAUGUAUCAUUCAACAUUGGGUAUACAUCGUCGGACAGCUUAUUCAGCCUUCUUCUUAGGCAAAGCUUUGCAAAAAAUUGGAAAGUAUAUUGAAUCGAUGUCGAUUUUGUCGAAAGCUUAUACUAUACAGGAAGAAGUUAUGCAAAAAGAUAAUGUUGUUGGGGAAACUACACGAUAUUCUGAGGAACUAAAUCAAAUGAAAACUCUUCAUGACAAUGCCUUAAAAAGCGCAAAGUCUGAAUGCUUAAAGUCCUAUCCGGUUGAAUAUUUAAUGCAUUCAAUGUCUUUAUUCGAAAUUAUGAAAUAUGGAAAUUGUCACAGAGGUUGGGGUAAUAUUAACCUUGCAAAACAAUAUCUAAACUUGUCAAGACAGAAAAUGAUCACCUUGAGUAAGGACUCUUCAAAUUAUAUUGAAAUUUUAGACCUUCUUAAUGACGAUAUUGAGGAUUUUUUAGGUAUACGCGAACGUUCAAUAGGAGAACCAUGGAAAGGACAUUACAUAUUAGUAUUUAUAUCAAUAGUUUUAUUUGUUCAGCUUUUUUAUUUCUGCCGCCGCUAGUUUUAUAUAGGUCUUAAUUCAUACAUAUAUAUAUUUCCAUAGCAGUACUGUUGAGUUGUAAAUUCAUUAUGUAAGUUUCAUUAUAUUAAAAACAAUAAUUGAUAUAUUUGACCAUUCAAAAUCUUAUUGUGUGAAAUAUUCUGUUAACAAUGUGUGUGAGCUCACCCGAUCACAACGUGCUCGUGGUGGGCUAUUGUGAUCCAACUCCGUCCGUCAUCCAUCGUCGUGCGUCUUCACAAUAUCUUUCAACAUCAGUUCCCUUGAAACUAAUGACUGCACAUUGACCAGUUUUUACAGGAAUGAUCCUUCUAUGGUUCUUUUUUAGCUCGCUUUCUUAAAGAAAAAAGGUAAAGGUAUUGUUACAGUCAUGUCGGCCAUUGCCGUCCGCGAACUUCAACCUUGAUCACAACUUAUCAAGUUAUUUGUGUAUUAUCUUCUUACUUGGCCACAACAGUCCUUGGGACAAGACCUUAAAGUAAACCAGACUAACAUUACCCUGCAGUCAUAAAUGACCGUGACCUUUAAGGUAAAAUGACUAAAUUUUGCUUUUUUUGCUGAUUGUUUAUUAAAGUGGCUAUAACUUUUUUAUUUUUGAAUAUAUUGUUUUCAAAUUUAAACAUAAUAAUCUUUCAGGAAAGACUUUUAAGAAAAGAAAACUAGACAUUGCCUUUGACUAAUAAAUGACCUUGAUAUCAAAGGUCAAUUUUGUUAAAUUUUCAUUUUGUUUUUGCUAUAGCUGGCUAAAACUUGAUUAUUAUUUAUUAAUGAAUGGAUUGACUUCAUAUUAUAUCAGAACAUUUUUAGGAAAAGAUUUAUUCUGUAUAUCAAACUCAAAUUUACCUUGGCUCUUUUUCAAUGAAAUAACUUAGUUCCUCAUGAAAGCUUAUUUAGUGUCAGAUGUUUUUCAUAUUUAGUAAGAAUAUAACAUGCAUGAUCUUCCUUUGAAUUGACUACGUACAGGUAUGACACCAGUCUGACCAUGUGCACAAGUCAGGUGUAGAAUUUAGAUCUGAUAUCAGAUGACCUAGAUAUUGACCUAGUGACCUACACAUAUAGCUUUAGCUGUUUUUUCACAAAUAAAAGUCUGUCCUCAAGUGAGCGCUAUGGGAUCAUUGGCCCCCUUGAUAAUAGGAACUGAAUAAAAAAAAUACCAACACAAUUUUCUACAAUGUCGCUGUUUUUAAACCGUUGACGGAUAUUUAUUAUUA